UAGUUAUCCUCUGUUUGGCUGGUAAGAAAAAGUGAUGAAGAGAAUGAGAAUUUUGAAUUUCGUGUGCUCUUCUUGGUUUAGUUUAAAAGAACAAUGAGUGUAAUUUAUCUAGGUGAUGCUGCUUCUUUAUUCCUUUUCCUUCUAAUUUCGAUGAUUUCUUUCUUUUUUUUUUGUCAUUGAAGUAGAAACCGAAACAUCUGAUUUGGAGUUUUGUUUUCUCGGCAACCAAACGGAAAGUCAGAUGAAAGUAAGCUGUUUAUGAUUUACUGAUCCAAAUUUGAUGUUAUGCGCUUGGUUUCGUAGGGUCAGCUGGGGGUUUGAGAGCAAGAAACACUGGAAAUCCAAGUUGUACUGAUCUAAAAUACCAAGAUUUGAUAGAAAGCCGAAAAUUUAUCUCGUCAGUAACAGUCAAUUCUUGUGGUUAUUUUCAAUCGCUUGGCUACGGUCAUAAGUCCGAGUUGCUAUAACUUUCACCAUGGCUAUCGUCCUAAGUUCUCUUCUGAUAAAGGCAGGGACGGUAUUGACUUCUGAUCACACUUCAGUGGUGUCAAUGAACCUGUUUGUUGCGCUUCUCUGCGCAUGUAUCGUGAUUGGCCAUCUGUUAGAGGAAAGUCGAUGGAUGAAUGAGUCUAUUACAGCUCUUGCGAUUGGUUUGUGCACAGGGAUUGUUAUUUUGCUUACAAGUGGAGGGAGAAGCUCACGUCUUUUGAUGUUCAGUGAAGAUUUAUUCUUCAUUUAUCUUCUACCUCCCAUUAUUUUCAAUGCAGGGUUCCAGGUGAAAAAGAAGCAAUUUUUUCGCAAUUUCAUGACUAUCAUGCUAUUUGGUGCUGUUGGUACUUUGAUAUCAUUUGCCAUCAUCUCAGUAGGUGCUAUACACUUCUUCAAGAAGAUGAUGAAUAUUGGUUAUCUCGAGAUAGGAGAUUAUCUAGCAAUUGGAGCAAUAUUUUCUGCAACCGAUUCUGUUUGCACCUUGCAGGUUCUAAAUCAGGACGAGACACCUCUGCUAUACAGUCUAGUUUUUGGGGAAGGUGUUGUGAAUGAUGCCACAUCAGUUGUUCUUUUCAACGCCAUUCAGAGCUUUGACCUUUCUCACAUCAAUUCAACAAUUGCUUUGCAAUUUGUUGCAAACUUUCUGUACUUGUUUAUUUUAAGCACCUUGCUGGGAGUUUUUGCAGGAUUGCUUAGUGCUUACAUUAUUAAGAAGCUUUAUUUUGGCAGGCACUCUACUGAUCGAGAGGUUGCUCUUAUGAUACUCAUGGCGUAUCUCUCGUACAUGUUGGCUGAACUAUUCUAUUUGAGCGCCAUUCUCACUGUAUUCUUCUGUGGGAUUGUUAUGUCCCACUACACAUGGCAUAACGUGACUGAAAGCUCAAGGGUGACAACCAAGCAUGCUUUUGCUACCUUGUCAUUUGUCUCCGAGAUAUUCAUCUUUCUUUAUGUUGGCAUGGAUGCAUUGGACAUGGAGAAGUGGAGAGUUGUAAGUGAUAGUCCAGGAACCUCAGUGGGAGUGAGUUCAAUACUGUUGGGACUUGUUCUUGUUGGAAGAGCAGCAUUCGUGUUCCCUUUGUCCUUUCUGUCCAACUUGACGAAAAAAUCUCCACAUGAAAAAGUGGCAUUAAAGCAACAGGUUACCAUUUGGUGGGCUGGUCUUAUGCGUGGUGCUGUUUCCAUGGCACUUGCUUACAAUCAGUUCACCACUUCAGGCCACACUAAGUUGCGUGGGAAUGCAAUCAUGAUCACCAGCACAAUCACGGUUGUUCUCUUCAGCACAAUGGUAUUCGGGCUGAUGACUAAACCAUUGGUCAGAAUUUUGCUUCCUUCAUCAAAAGAAAUUACCACAAUGUUCUCCUCCGAACCAUCUACUCCAAAAUCCUUCACUGUCCCGCUUCUUGGCAACGGACAAGAUUCGGAAGCUGGCCAAGGCAACCAUAAUGUUCCACGGCCAACAAGUUUACGGAUGCUACUGAGCACCCCUUCUCACACAGUCCACCAUUAUUGGAGAAAAUUCGACAAUGCUUUCAUGCGGCCUGUAUUUGGUGGAAGAGGUUUUGUCCCCUUCAUACCCGGCUCACCAACCGAGCAGGGUGUUCAACAGUGGCAUUAAGAGGUAAUUGAAAAUCUGAAAUACAGAAGCACUAAUUUAUAAAAGCUUAUAAUUUUAGGUUAGAAUUCGGCUUUCGGUGUGCAAUUUGUUAAUAUAAAAGGAGCUUUUGAGGUGGGGUGGUGAAUCUGGUGACAGCAUUUUUUUUUUUUUUUUUUUUUCAGUGUGAGCUGGUUUUUCUUUUUAAAUCUACAUGUCUUUUUUCUUCCAUUUUGAGUGGUGAUUCUCCAUUUUUGCGUUGUAUAUUGGCAUAGUAGUGGUAAUGUAUUUUGUCCUGAUAGCUUGUACCUGGUAAGCUUGGCCUUGUUUGUAAAACAUUCUGGUGUUUAUUGUAUUCUUAUGUAUAAUGAUUUUUUCAUUUGUUCAAUGAAUCUUCGACCUCUUGAGGUUCGGAUUACUCUG